CGGAGCUGAUCCGCGCGCGCUCCUCGCUCGCCCGCGCGAGAGAAAGUGUUUCGCGCUCCCGCCGAUCGCCGCGCGUCAGUCUGCGUGUUUGCGGUGGAUUACGCGCCGCGCUGGACUAACUCUGGGAUUUAGCGAGGAAGAUGAGCACUUUGAGAGAUGAAGCGCGCGCUGGACGCUCCUCGGGCGGUGUGAUGACGAGCGAGUGAUGAGCCGCAGGGAGGAAUGUCCGUCUGUCUGCUGCUGGUCCUCUUCACACUCACCUCAAACGCUCAGGUGUCUUCUGGGAAAUCUCUGAAGCUGCUGCAGGAGCAGUGGAGGAUCUACACCAAUGAGUGCGUCCAGAGCCUGAGCAGCUCUCCGCCGGCCGCAGGGCCCGUGUGUAACAGGACCUUUGAUCAGUACGUGUGCUGGCCCGAUGGACCGCCGGGAACCACGGUCAACGUGUCCUGCCCGUGGUACCUGCCCUGGUACCGGAAAGUGCAGCGGGGCUUGGUUUACCGUGUGUGUGGCGCUGACGGCCGAUGGGCUCGUGGGAAAAACACCAGCGAGUGUGAGCAGGACGACCCUGGACAGAAGCAGUACGGUCAGAUCCUCAGUAAGUUCAGAGCCAUGUACACAGUGGGAUACUCUCUGUCUCUGGCGGCGCUGACCCUCGCUCUGGCCAUCCUCAUCAGCUUCAGGAAGCUGCACUGCAUGAGGAACAACAUCCACAUGAACCUGUUCGGCUCCUUCAUCCUGCGCGCCGCCUCCAUCCUGGUGAAAGACGCUCUGCUGGACCGGAUGAACAGCGCUCGGAGCGGCCCGCAUCACUUCCAGGGCCAGCGCCGGCUCAGCGCUCAGACGCUGAGCGGAUGCCGGGCUGCGAUGGUGAUGAUGCAGUACAGCGUCAUGGCCAACAACUACUGGCUGCUGGUGGAGGGUCUGUAUCUCCACAGCCUGCUGGUCAUCACCGUCUUCUCCGAGAGGAACUACUUCUACCUUUACCUCUGCAUCGGCUGGGGUGCUCCGCUCAUAUUCGUGCUGCCGUGGAUGACGGUCAAAUACCUGUAUGAAAACGAAGAAUGCUGGGAAAGGAAUAUCAACAUGGGCUACUGGUGGAUCAUCCGUUCUCCCAUACUGUUCGCGUAUCUGAUUAAUUUCAUCAUAUUCAUUCGCAUAAUAAAGAUUCUGAUGUCCAAGCUGAAGGCGCAUCAGAUGAGAUACACCGACUACAAGUUCAGGCUGGCCAAGUCCACGCUCACCCUGAUUCCUCUGCUGGGGAUUCACGCCAUCCUCUUCACCUUCGUCAUCGAUGAGUCCGUGCCGAAGGAGUCUCUUCUGAGGCUCAUCCGCCUCUUCUACGACCUCCUUUUCAGCUCCUUCCAGGGUCUGCUGGUGGCCAUCCUUUACUGCUUCGUCAACAAAGAGGUCCAGAGCGAGAUGCUGAAGAAGUGGAAGAGGUGGAAACUAGGCAAGGACAUUGAGGAAGAGUACCGUCACACCCACAGCCAGACGCCUCAUGCCAAAAGUGGCAGCAUGGCUCCGGCGAUGACCCACGAAUGCCCCGAAACCCCAGAGCUGGCGGCCUCGGCAGAGUCCCAGCGUCUGGUGAUGGGUCUUCAGAACGGAGCGAGCCGGAACCGGGGCCGUGCCAGGCUGCAGCUGACCUCCGAGCCACAGGAGGGCGCUAGUAACUGCAGCUCUCUGACAGAAGACAUUUGUCUGGAAGAGCGUCCCCUCAACAGUGAGUGCUCAGCAGCGGUGACAGAAACCAACGUUUGAGGUUUUUAACACUGAUGGAUCAGAUACGGUCUUCACGUUACCAAACAGCAUGGAGAGGUGGAUCUGUUAACCCUUAAAAACAAAUCGCAGUAAUCUCCUGAGUUGGUAAAUUACCAAAUAGUAUUAUUUAUUGACGUCUUCUUAAGCUACGGGCACAUUAACCACAGCUUGGUAAUUUUUUUUUUAAGUAACCUGGACAUUUUCUUGUCAAUGAAAAAGUAAUUGCUAGUCACUUGGGAAAAGUAAUUAAAAGCGUAACUUGCGUUAUUGUAAUGUCUCUCAUCAACACAGAAAUCCACAUGAGUUCGAAAAAGUUGCCUUAUAUUCAAGUAGUUCACAUUAAAUUGCUGCGUUGACCAACAAAAAGCUGCUUAGUCUGAAUGUGUCUUGAACAUGU